ACGAACUUAUUCUUGCUUUUAGGAACAUCAUUUUGAAUGUUCAUUCAGCUGCAACUGAGAUGAGCAGGCAUAUGCAUUUAAAAAUUGCACUAGUAUUCAUUUACAUACUUGUGCACUUGCACUGGAGCUGCACUGCAGAUAUAUGUCAAGAAGAUGAAGACUGCAAAAAUCAAGACGUGUAUGACAAAACUGUGACAGCAAUUCCUGAAAAACUAAAAGAUGGAGCCGAUGAAAUAUUUUUUGUAAACAGUCAGAUUCCUGUGAUACCAAAAGGAGUUCUAUCUAAAAACCCUCAAAUAAAGAAAAUCGAAUUUCUUGGUACUUCAACUCACUCUGUAGAGGUUGGAGCCUUUGAGGGUUUGCCUGAUAUCACGAUUAUUGAGAUCUCUGUCACAAAUGUUACAUCAUUACCUGUGGGUGUUUUUAAGGAUCUCAACAACCUUCUAAAACUUGUUUUAAAAAAUAACAAAAUACAUAGCCUUGAAAAUGGGUUAUUUGAUGAUUUAAAAAAGCUUCAGGAAUUACAUCUACAUAUGAAUGAGAUCAGUUCCAUUGAGGAGGGGACAUUUGACAAUUUAGAGGAACUCUUGAUUCUUCAUCUUGCAAAAAACAACCUUAGUUCCGUAUCGACAUCUCUUUUUUCCAGUCUUAAGAGCUUGAAAAUUUUCAGGCUUUAUGAGAACCAGUUGACUGCUCUACCUGAUGGGAUUUUUGAUAAUCUCCCUGAUUUGGAAGAGAUAGCCUUGCAACGCAACCAAAUCUCCUAUAUACAACCAAAUUUAUUUCCACACAAAAGUAAAUUAACAAAACUCUAUUUGGACAAUAAUCUUUUAACAGAACUGCAGCCAGAUCUAUUUGUUGGUUUCACUUUAUUAAAGAGUCUAACUCUAAACAAAAAUCAACUCACCAGUCUUCCCACCGUCCUUUUUGGAGAAACGCUCAAAAUAACUGAAUUAAGUCUAAGCCAUAACAAUCUCACUCACUUACCACCUGGAGUUUUCAGUCCACUUAAGAAGCUAAAGAAGUUAGACCUUUCCUCAAACCAGUUUUCAAUUAUAUCUGCAGACUUUUUUGAAGGCCUUGAGAACUUGACUGAUCUGAAUUUACAAAAUAACAAUAUAGAGUCAUUAAAACAAGAGGACUUUAAAAAACUAAAGUCUCUUUCAAUGCUCAAACUGGGAAAUAAUAAACUACAAAGCCUCCCUGGCGAUGUUUUUGAUGCUCUUCCAAAACUCAGUAAACUGUACCUGAAUGAGAACCCAUGGAAGUGUGACUGUAACCUGUUGCCAUUCUAUGAAUGGAUGAAGAACAAUAAGGGCAAGAUUAAAUCAAAACCUCCAGAAGUUUGCGAGUUUCCAAAAAAUCUGCUAAAUCAAUUAAUCAUCUCUUUAACAGAAGAACAAUUAAUAUGCCUCACAACUUCACCAACUACCACCCCUCUCCUUACAAGUACCGUUCCCAUGACCACACUGCACACCACAACUGCCUCAACAACAAAGUUAACCUCAACGACAGCAGCACCUAAAACAACUACUGCUUUACAGACGACAACCACACCUACUCCAACAACAACUCAACCAACUACAACACAGACAACCACCACAGCACCAACUACUCAACUCACAACUUUGCUACUAACCACAACCACACUACCUACCACCACUGCUACAACUACAGCUCCGACAACUACAUCAGUCCGAACCACAGCAUCAACAACUACACUUCAGCCAACAACUGCCCACCUGACAACUGCAUUGAUUCCCACCACAACGACAGUACAAACAACAACUUCAGCGACCACCACUUCUACAACCACGGUACCAUCAACAACGGCCCAUGUAACGACUACAGUGACUCCCACCACAUCAACUUUGACAAUCCAAACUACAAUUGCAACAACUUUAGCCACUACAACUAUAUUAAUCCCAACCACUAUUACAAGUCAAAAAACGACAGCAACUACCUUACCAUCCAGCACAACUACAAGGAAAACAACACCUUUUCUUACCACACAUAUUAGUUUCAUCUGUACCGGCUCUCCUCAGGCCCCUCUCUCAACACCUACUACCACCCACAAGUACUCAUCAUGCAAGGAACUGAUGAUAUAUUAUACUACAAUGCUGCUGGUGGAAAUCUGCUGUACUAUGGUGCUGGCCAAAUUCACUUAUUCACUAUACUGCUCUCUGGAGCAAAAGGAGAGACUGCACACCCAGGUCAACUUGACUCACUUCUCCUAUAUUAAGUCUAUUGUACUCAGACCAGUUGAUGAGACAGAGACUGUAGCUCUUUGAUCUUUUUUUUUUUAAGUUUGAGUAGCACCUGGUGGUGGUCACUUAUUAGAGUCUUAGAGCACUCUUACUGUUCCUCAGAGGAAUUAUUUUCCAAACUGUCUAUAAUUGAUGCUUAAUGUGUCAGGUUUAGGGAUGAAGGACGGAGCGAGGACUCAAUAUUGCAGGAAGAUAAGGGCUUUAUUGAAGGCAGAACAAAACAAAACAACAAAAACUACCCCGUGGGGGAAAAACAGGCUGGCUAGGCAAGGCAGGAUCUGGACAAGACACGACAGGACACAUCCAGGGAGAUACGAUGACGAACUGCCCCUGGACUGCAAACACAAGGAGAAUAAAUGGAGAGCAAAUGAGGAGGGUAACGAGGGAACACAUGUG